AUGAAGAUAAAGUGUUUUAUUUUUGCUUUCUUUCUUUGUGCACUAAUUUUCAUCACCGUUGUGGCAAUUGAACCGUCCAAAGAUGAUGAAAAACAAACUCGCGAAUUUGAAAAAUCCGAAAUAAAAUUCGGGAUAAAUAAAGUUAGGCGUUUAAGAGAAGGUGGACAUGGUAGAAAGCAUCGAAAAAGACAUAUAAAUAGUGUUGCACAAGUUUGGAUAAAUGGAGGUGGUGUGGGAGGUUCAUUCAAAAGAGGCGGUUUUACGGGUGCGAUAAAUAUUGGAGGAGUUCAAGAUGGAGGUGAAAACAUUGGGCUUGGAGGACAAGGUAAAAUAGGAAAUGAAGAGAGAAGAAAUGAAGUAAGUUCAAUAGGAGAAGAAAACAAGGGAGUUAGAGAAGAAGAAGAAAAUGAAGGAUUUGGAGGGCCUUAG